AUGGCUGCUAAUAGUAAUUCUUCAACCCCAACACCAAACCCUACACCACCCAAUGCUCAACCUGAAACACCCAUUUCGUCCCCAAAUCCCCAAAUUCCCAAUCCGAACCCUAGUUCUCCACCUUGCCAUUCCUCUCAUUCCACCCCUAAUCCCAACAAUGCUACCCAAGACACCACACCUCCCUCCCAAAAACACACCAAAUUCGCCCCUUCAGCUGUAUAUGAGACACGAAAAAGAAAGAAACUAGUUCUCCACUCCUCUGCUUCACCGAAACAGCCUAGAGUUGUUUCCCCAGGACCCGUUAGUGCCAGAACCCGCUCUGCUGCCCAAAAUUCUAUCUCACCGCAGGUUUCUUCUGCUCCAAUUAGGGUCCAAUCGCCCCUGCAUCAUUCACCAACAGUGUCUCAAACUGCUCCGGCUAUCCCUCAAUCUGGAAAUCAGGUAAACUCAUCUUACCCAUGGACUUUUAGGGAAUUUGAAAUGAUGAAAAAGUAUGAGGCCCUUGCUAAAAAGAAAAUUUUAGCUACCAAGUACAUUGAUGAACACAGUCUCAGGGAGAUAGGGCUUUAUGAAUCUCAGCAAUCACAGGGUAUAGGACAGCAUACUGAUACUGGUCCUUCUAGCUCACACCCACCUACUACUGGACAAUCGGACUUACUUGUUUUUCUUAAAGAUUUGGAAGCAAAAAUUGACAGAAUGAGUGCAGCACAGCAGCCUAUUUCUGAUGCUAAUUCUGAUAUUGUGGUUGCUUUAAAAGCUUUAGAAGCUAAGGUUGAUACUCUUAGUCAGAAUCAAGCCAAGCUUGAGAAAAAGAUUAAAAAGAAGUUUUCUUCAUUCAGGAAAAAACAGAAAAUUCAUGACAAAGAAAUGAUUGACAUUUACAACAAGCUGACAGCCUCUUUUAACCAGCUGUACAAAAGAGGCCAAGACAUUUUUAAAGAGAUGAAGGCUAUGGUAGAAAACCUGGAUACUGCUUCUGAGAAAUCCAAUGAGCAAGCACCUGCAGCAUCAAAUGAGCCAGUGCCAUCCACCAAUGAAGAAGACCAACCAGUUGUUUAG